CAAACUCGAUACCCAAUACUACACCACCAACCCAUCACUUCUUGAUACCUCGCGACACAUCCACCGCAAUGUCGGCUACCCGCUCCCAGGACGCUACCGACUCGGUCGUGAACCAGGGCGAGUUCAGUUCUCACGUCCCUCGUACUGAGCCCGAGGAUGAUGCUCUGAAGCACAAGCCUGGUGUCAAAGCGACGCCGGCUGACUUCGCUCCCGAGUUCACCACCGAGACUUACCCUCCUGGCACUGCACCUGCGAACCGCUCGUUCAAACCCAACAACUCCGGUGAAGCUCUUCCCACCUCCGAAGACCAGACCCCCUCUGCCUCCGACACGCUGGGCGGCUCCACUUCCGGUCAGGUUCACAAGACGGUGGGUCACGAACAGGCUAAGUCGUAGACGAUGAUCAUGGAUAGGUUGUGGCAGAAGAUUUGACGAAUUUCAUGCUUGAUGAUGGUAUUAAUUCUGCCGACGGGGAAAUCGUGCAGAUAUUCGGCCAGAGUAGCCUGGUAGC